GGGUGUUUGAAAGUGGCGGGCAGUGGCAACAUUUACCCCAAAGAGAUAAUACACGGGAUAACGACAAAACUAGAUCAAUUUAUCCGCAACAGCUAAGAGUGAAAGGUGGAUUUUUAUAUUCAGGGUUUUUUAUAUUACUGCUGACAAUUGUUCACCAGGACAGCUGAAUGCAAUUUCCGUGAUAUUUAACCUAACGUUAAACGCUGGCACAGGAGGAAACGGGAAAAGGUAUAGUCGUGCAACAUGACGAAUGAGGAUGAUAAGGCGAUCCCAGUGCGGGUUGCCUUGCGAUGCCGCCCGUUGGUACCUAAAGAAACCAAUGAGGGAUGUCAGUGCUGUCUCACUUUUGUGCCUGGAGAGCCACAGGUGGUUGUUGGCACGGAGAAGGCGUUCACCUAUGAUUAUGUAUUUGAUCCUGCUGCUGAACAAGAAGAGGUCUACAAUACCAGUGUGUCCCCCUUACUGUGUGGCCUUUUCAAAGGCUACCAUGCCACAGUUCUUGCUUAUGGGCAGACAGGAUCAGGGAAGACCUACUCCAUGGGUGGAACAUACACAUCAGCUCAAGAAAGUGAUCCUUCAGUUGGAGUUAUUCCACGAGUUAUCAGAAGGAUCUUUGAGGAAAGGAUGAAGAGGACAGACUGUGAAUUCAGUUUGGCCGUAUCUUACCUGGAGAUCUAUAAUGAAGAAAUAUUGGACUUGCUGUGUCCAUCUAAAGAUAAACCUGGCCUCAGCAUUAGGGAAGAUCCGAAAGAUGGCAUUAAGAUUGUGGGUUUAACUGAGAAGCAGUUGACCACUGCCCAUGAGAUGGUGGGUUGUCUGGAGGCUGGAAACUCUGCUCGCACCGUGGGUUCCACAGCCAUGAAUGCGGCUUCCUCGCGCUCACAUGCCAUCUUCACCAUCACGCUGGAGCAGCGCAGAGGAAAAGACAAAGCUGAUUCAAUCGUGUCAAAAUUGCACCUUGUGGAUCUGGCUGGUUCAGAGAGGCAAAAGAAAACCAAAGCAGAGGGAGAUCGAUUGAAGGAAGGCAUCAGCAUCAAUCGAGGCCUUUUGUCUUUGGGUAAUGUGAUCAGUGCCUUGGGGGAUGAAAGCAAGAAAACUAGCUUUGUUCCUUACAGAGACUCCAAGCUCACUCGCCUGCUGCAGGAUUCUUUGGGAGGCAAUAGCCACACUUUGAUGAUCGCCUGCAUCAGUCCUGCAGACUCCAACAUGGAGGAGACCAUCAACACGCUGCGAUAUGCUGACAGAGCUCGCAAGAUUAAAAACAAACCUGUAGUCAAUAUUGACCCCAGAGCUGCAGAAAUGAACCGUUUGAAACAUCAGGUUCAGGAGCUGCAGGUGAUGCUGCUUCAUGCCCGUGGAGGAGUAGCUCCAGUGCUCUCUGGGCCAGAGUCGGCAGAGAACGUGACUAAGCUGCUAGAAAGGAAUCGCGCUCUGCAGGACGCGAACAAUAAGCUGAGCAGGGAGCUGAGCGAGGCAGCUGGACAGACCGCCCUCAUGUUUGAGAAGAUCAUUAUGACGGAACAAGCUAAUGAGAAGCUACAAAGCAGAAUGGAACAACUGCGGGACCAUGCAGCAUGUACAGUGAAUCUUGAGAAUGUGUUGGCCACACUGGAGGACCAGGAGUUGAAGGAGAACAUUGAGGUCAUGAGGAACCUGCAAGAGGUCAUCUUGGAGCUCAAGACUGAGAGUGCAGGCAUCGCCGCCUCCAUCGAUGCUCUGGCAGCAGGAGAAGAUGAACACGAGGAGUCCGGGAAUGGCAGUAAAAAUGAUGAAUCACCAUCAGAUGUCACUGGCAUUGGAGGUAAGGAGUCCCCGGAGGCUUUUACCACCAGUCAUGCACUGCGGCAGGCCCAGCUCUCCAAGGAGCUGAUUGAGCUGAACAAAGUGUUGAGUUUGAAGGAAGCUUUUGUCAAGAAAAUGUGCCAGAAUGACAACCAGUUGGAGCCAAUGCAAACAGAGCACAAGAAUAAUGUACAGACUCUACAAACAGCAGUGGAUUCUCUGCAAAAGGAGAAAGAGGAUUUAAUUUUUGCUCUUCAGUCUGCCAAGAAAGACACCAAACAGGCAAAGCUUAGUGAGCAGCGGAGGAAGAGACUGCAGGAGCUUGAGGGCCAGCUCGUAGACAUGAAGAAGAAGCUUAUUGAGCAGUCCAAACUGAUCAAAGUCAAAGAGUCUUCUGUUCAAAAAGUUAGCAAGCUCAUGCAGGAGAUCCAGGCUAUGAAGACGCAGCGCACACAGCUGAUGAGGCAGAUGAGGGAUGACUCUGAGAAAUUCAGACAGUGGAAGAGUAAGAAGGACCGGGAGGUGUUGCAGCUAAAGGAAAAGGAUCGUAAACGGCAGUACGAGUUGCUUAAACUUGAGAGGGAUUUCGAGAAACAGGCCAAUGUUUUGCGUCGUAAAACUGAAGAGGCGGCAGCUGCAAACAAACGGUUGAAAGAUGCCCUACAGAAGAGAGUGGAGGUAUCGGAGAAACGCAAAGAUGGUCACAAAGGAUUGGAGGGAGCUGCUGCAAGAGUUAAGACUUGGCUUCUAAAUGAAGUGGAGGUGAUGGUGAGCACAGAGGAGGCCCGGCGCCACCUCAAUGACCUGCUGGAGGACAGAAAGGUCUUGGCUCAGGAGAUCACCCACCUCAAACAGCAGAUAGAGGCAGGGGACCGACCUGCUGCCAAAAUCAGGCGCCGGACAUUGAUCAUCUCUGAGCUGGAGACCCAGGGGGCGCUGGAAACACCUUUAACUAAACAGAUAGAGAACCUUGAGACGGAGAUGGCCCUCAGAAAUGCCCAAAUAGCUGACCUUCAGCAGAAAGUUCUUGCGGCAGACGGCGAAGGGCGUUUGAAACAGCGUUUCAAUAGCAUCACAAGCAUAGUGGAUGCCAAGAGUGCCCUGAAGGUCCUGAUAUCUGAGUUGGUGUCAGCUAAAACAGCCAGUGCCAAACUGGAGAGCGAGCUCAAACAGGAGGCAGGGAAUGCACAAGAUAUAAGGAAGAUGCUGGCUGACGAGCGACACGUGAUGUCAACCAUGGACAUGGAGCACCAGCAGCAGCUGGUGGAAUUAGAGCAGAGGCAUCAAGAGAAGGUCCUUUACCUCCUUAACCAGCUACAGAAUAAACCCAUACUUGAAGAGCCAGACGAAACCAAGGAGAGUUCAAAGGAGAAGGAGCUCCUUCAGCGCCUCAAAGUUCAGGAAGAAGAGCUUGAAAAGCUUCGAGAAUUAAGCGAGCAGAACCAGACACUGGUGGAGCAGAAUGAGCAAUACAGACAGAAACUCUCAUUGCUCCAACUGGCAAGCGGAAAGAGAAUCCUUGCGCCUACGGCCGUCAAUGAAAACAACCAUGAUGACUCGUUUGAAUACGUUCCUCCAAAGCCUAAAGGGAAGCGCUUCACCACAGCUAAAGCACCGCAGAAUAUGACUAUCACCGUUGAAGAGCUGAUGUCUCCCAGUGAGGAUGAGAUAGACGAGGAAGAGGAUGAGUGGCGUCCUAAGAAACCUGAGAAGGAACGCAGAGCCUCAAAGAAACCCAAAGCAACGGGGUGUGCGUGUAAAGGCCGCUGCAGCAACAAGCAGUGCAGGUGCCGCAAAGGGAAGAUGACGUGCGGGGAGAACUGCCAGUGUGAUCAUGAGAAAUGUCGAAAUAUGGAUAACCAGGUGCUUGCAGAGGAUGUAAGUCACACAGAAAAUGUUUCCAAAGACUCGGAGUCUCUCUCUCAAGAUCCUUCAUCCAUCAGCCCUGACAACACCACAUUCUUCAAGCCACCAUCUUGUACGCCCACUAACAAGGUACUAAAAGAAAUCGGAGACAUAGGACAUGCCACUGCAGACCUGAAGCUGGUUAGGAAACCUAUCAUGCCCGGAGAGGAGGAGGAGGAGGAUAUGGACGAAGACCAAACUGUAACAAUCAGUUUCCUCAAGAAGAAGAAAAAAAUCCUGACCAGUUUUCAGAACAGUUUUUUCUCUGGAUGCACUCCAAUCAGAGAGGAAUCUUAAUCAGGAAGAAGCUUUUUACUCCAGAUGUCCAUAUGUGUUUGUUUCGUCAAUGUCUUUUCAGUCUUUUUUUAUGUGACUAAACUUGUGUACUGUAAAAUGAAAGUAGCUGUUGAUUUUAAGACGCUUUGUUUUCUAUAGAGGGUAACAAAAGGACUGUGAAUAGCAUUGAAACUUUUACUGGAAUUCACAAAGAGAUGAUCAAGAAGCCUGUAUGUAUUAUUUUAGCUUAACGCAUUAGAUGAUAUUUCUUAUAAGAUAAGACCACAUUGACUUUGCUAAUUUUAAAAUCAGUAGUCCUAGUACUAUUCAACACAUCAUUAUAACAUAACAUCUUGGGGAGCGACCUUAUGUUUUUCACUGUAGUUUUACUAUCCGAGCUGAAUAAAGUCUUACAGUCAAAUUUUUAAUAAAGAAUGCACUGUUAAUUUUUGUCUGAAUGUGGAGCAGUGAUUAUCUUGGCCUGGAAACUUGAUGUAACAUAAUUUAUUUCUUUUAUUAGUCUGUUAGGAUUCAUGUUUUACAUUACUGUUUUUUAGUAAUAGCUAAUUCUUUAGUGGAAAGCAAGGUGAAAUAAACUGAAUAAUUCAUUGAUGUGUUGUUAAUCUAAAUUUGUAAAUUGGUUACCUUUACCCCAAACCGAGUUACUAUAAAUACUUCUUGAACUAAAUGUCUGUAUAUAGUAUCACACACAAUUUGUUUGCACAAAUCCCACAAUGCUCAAAUGAACUAAAUAAACAGCAGAAAUAACCAAA